GACUGAUCGUGCGUCGCGAGUUCUUUCUUGAACAAGGCUACAGAAUCCGCUUAAUUAAUCUGGGGGUAGCAUUGGCGUCGAGUGAGCCAUCUUUAUCUUUGUCAGUAGCCACGAACGUGAUCAUGACCGACUUUUUCUACUACUUGAGUCCGGAUGAUGCAGUCGAGAAUGUGACCCUGGAUACUUUUUGGAUGAUUCGAAGGCCGAAUCUAACUUCAGCCGUUCAGACCUUGUCUCGCCUCAGCCGGCUGGACAACAAACUAUUCUUAGAGGAGCUGCCGAACGACUUUGGCACUGCUGCGCUAACACUUGAGCUUCAAGCUGUAUUUUGGUGUCUCAGAGGAGGUUUUCAAUCCACGCCGGAGCAAGAGGAGGCAAAGCUGCGUCCUCAACUCGCACCAGGUUGGUGGAUGAUGCGGCGGCCAACCUGUAUAGCCAAUAGAUGA